GUUUCUGCCCCGCCACAAAAAGCGCUCUGUCGGCAGCAGCUUUUGGCAUCAAAGCAAGCUCAAAGCAAGCUCAUACACUUCACCCAAGCUCAUACGCCUCACCCAAGCCAGUCCUCAAGGCCUCUCACUAAGCUCAUAUUAAGCGAAGCAGUCUUUACACACCCAAGCCAGUCCUUAAGGCCUUUCGCCUCUCUCACUAGUACACAGACGCCGCGCGGCGUUGCUGCCGCCGCCCCACGCCGCUCUCGCACGCACGCUCAGCCCUACUGAUGCUAGCCCGCUGCACAGCCAGCCUCGCUCGCACGCUUCCGCGAUCCCUCGCCUCCACCAGCGCCUCAGCCUCCGCGCCUCAGAACCUCCCCCACCAGCGCACAACCGCCAUGCUCCUGCGCACCGUCGCGACCGCAGCGGCAGUGCGCGGCCAGGCGCCGGCGGCGAGCCGCCGCGCCGGCAGUUGUGCCGCGCCUGCUACUGCCGCUACCUCUGCUGCUGCUACUGCCCUGCGCGCCCGCGGCGCCGCACUGCUGGCGGCGCCGCAGCUGCGCCGCGGCAUCUUCACCCGGACCGGCGCCACUGGCAAGGAUGAGCAGCAGGCCGCGACUGCUGCUACCGGUGUUGGCAGCGGCGGCGGCGGAGCCGGCACUGAGGCACAGCAGCAGUCGCAGCAGCAGCAGCAGCAGCAGCAGCAGACAGCCAUGGCACCCGCGAUGGGCGGCCGCGGUGGGGAGCUGGACAUGCUGAGCGGCACGCUGCUGCCGUCACCCUUCAGGCGCAUGGCGGAUCACAUGAUGCAGAUGCAGCGCGAGAUGGACGACAUGCUGUGCACCUUCGCCGCGCCCCUGCUGGGCCCCUCCGCCGCCCUGUCCCCCACCGACCCAUUCAUGCUCGACCUCUUCGCCGAGCCCACCGCCACCGCCCUGCCGCUACAGCCCCUCUCCCGUCGCGGCGGCGGCGCCCCUUCACUGGCUGCUACAGCCGGCGGUGGCGGGCUGGCGGCACGGCUUCUGGGAGGCGGGCGGCUGGUGCCGGUGGUGGAGGUGGAGGAGCGGGAGAGCGAGUACGUGGUGACUGCGGAGGUGCCGGGUUUCGAUAAGAACGAGAUCAAGGUGUCCCUGUCCGACGACGGCGUGCUCACCAUGACCGGCACCCACGCCGAGUCCUCUGAGACCGCCCCCACACAGCCCCAGCCAUCCGCCGCCUCCGGCUCCGAGGCCCCCGCCGCCGAGCAGCAGCAGACCGUGCCGACGCCCCAGGGCAUUCCCGGCACCUCCAAGCGCCCUUCGGGCGCUCCCAGCACCGGCAGCAGCAGCUACAGCCGCUACAGCUCCUUCGUGCGGGCGCUGCGGCUGCCGGUGGGUGGUGUGGAGCCGGAGGGCAUCAAGGCGGCCACACAGCACGGCGUGCUGACGGUUACCAUUCCGAAGAAAGCCCAGCCGGUGCCCAAGGUGCGGGAGAUCCCCGUGGCUUGAGGUGCAUUUGCAGGGGACGGAGCAGGUGAGGAGGCAGUGAACUUCGUACUGCCAUAGGUGUGCGUGUGCGUGAUAGUGCGUGGAUUUGCACAUGUAUGGAACAGCUAGCGCCGUGGCGUUCGAAUGUGCCGCACAUGCAACCGUUGUGUUGCGCAUGUACUGAUGGUGUUUGAAGGCGACAAGUGAGAUAUAGGUUGUUUAAAUGUCAAAGCGUGGACGCCUGCAGCAGGUAGCCCAACCUGCGUGUAACGCAUGGAGUGCGUCCUGUUUGCUGUUUAUGCUGCAUUGGAUGCAGCGGGUGUGUCACAACCCACGUUCCGUACAUGUUGCAUGCAAUAGAAGCCAGCAAGCCCGCACCCAGAUAUGCAACAGAGCUGUACGUGUCGGAGAUCCAUUUUGGCAGAUAGCAGGAGGCGGGAUACUGCAGAAGUAAGAUUGCGUGUUGUCGGGGCUCGUGCACAUCAUGGCGUGUUGUCACAUUGAGAGUGCGUGCAGUGUCUGGUUAGAUGUGGUGUAGGCACCGCCGCCCAGUUGCGUGUCCUGGAACCAACUUAAGGAUGCGGAUCACAAGUGAAGGGACAGCCCGACAAGCGGGGGCACGCCAUACCCACGCCGCGAGGGACCAAGUUAAGGAAGUGACGCUAUGUACGCGGCGCUUUGGUGGCGGCUAGCGACACUGGCGCAGUUGCUGAUCAGGGUGUGCCUACCUCCUGUGCGUGUGCGUGUGUUCGUGUGCGCGUGUGUACAAACGGUUGUGUUGGCUGUACAUCAGGCACACGCCCUGCGAUACUGCAUACGCAACGUGCACCAGCCUGACGAGCAACCUAGCUGGCGUUUGGGGACAGGCGGAUUCCAGCGUCCGGAGGUCGCAACACACCAGCAUAUUGUACGAGAACGUGCGCGGGGCAAGUGGCGUAAGGCAGGAUGUGCUAGCUGGCCGGGUAGCUAGGGGUGCACGCAUUUGGAUGGAGAGGAUUUGAGAGGAGGUGCGACGCAAGCCAUGUUUGGCAAAGUUGUAAUUGCAAGUUGAA